AUCAUGUAGCGCUCGGCGGGACCAGCCCCGCAAAGCUUCAGCUAUGUCCGAUGGGCUCACGCUUGACGACCUUGUCUCCAUAAAGGAGCAAUGGCUGCUUGGCUCGUAUCUCACAGUUGCCGGCGCGACUGUAGUGGUUUAUGACUGCCUUCGAUCCCUUGACCUCGAGGUAGACUACAUUUGGAAGUCCAAUUGGUCAAUCAUCAAACUCCUCUAUCUCUGGACGCGAUACCAGACGUUUGUUGAGCUAGUGCUCACUAUGGCAUACAUUGAGUUUCAGGGCGGCCCAGAGCCACGCGAGUGCUAUAGCCCAAUACUAGCUGUGUUCUAUCUCAAUGGGAUUGGUGUGGGAGUAUCCGAGCUCGUCCUUAUAUUUCGAACAUGGGCCAUGUACAAUCGAAGCCUCACAGUGGGAGCUUUUAUGCUCGUCGUGUUCGCUGGUUGCUUUGCUGCAGCAAUAGUGCUAACACAUCACUUCCUUAAUACAAUGCAACUGUUUGAGUUACCUGGAUUCCAAGGGUGCUUGAUGCUGACAACCGGCUCCAUGCUCAAACUAAGCUGGAGCAUGCUGCUAUGCGCCGAGUCCAUCUGCCUAUUCCUCGCCCUACGGAAAUUAUAUUCAAUUUGGAGGCAUGUUCGAAGUUUGUCUUCGCUCCUUCAAAUGAUCUUGAUGGACGGGAUCGCCUAUUACGUCCUCCUGAUUGCUAUUGUGCUCCUUAUCAUAUGCGCAGGACAAUCUGACAACAACUUCGACUUAACCUUGCUCGUUAGUGUACCUGGCCCAAUGGUACACUCCGUCGCCACCUCGCACCUCAUCCUGCACAUGCGACAGCUCUCGGCGUUGCAGACUGUGGUUGAACCUGAGAUACCAGCAACUGGCGACCUUGUCUUGACGACCGUCAGACAAGAGGAGUUUGUUUGAUCACACGACUGCCAACGGGUUUACCGUUGCGUUGCUCUCGAUCCAGCCAUUCAUUGAGCACCUCGCGCCAUGAAAGGUGCAGGUCGUUUAAGACCGCCUCCAUCACGCCCAAUAAGAUGAUAUUAUUUGUCUAUGUAGUCACGUUUUAAAUUUCUUGAUAUCAACAUUGUCUACGACAAGACAUGUGCCUACCAUUACUGUAUAGUUUUUGAUCAUUGCAUUGAUGGGUGCACUCCGAGUCUGGGAGUACGCUGCGGUAUCGUUCGUAAAA